AUGUUACCUACAUACAAGAAUAUUUUGACGAUCCUGAUUUUCUGUAUAAGCAUCAAAUAUAAUCCCAUUGCAAUACAAGACCAGACAAGUACGCGGGCGAACACAUUGUUGGAUGACGCAGACGACAUACAGAAACAGUUGGACAAUGAAGCGCGCGACAGAAUGUUAAAACCGACAACAGUGUGGGUGUUUCGUCUUCCCACGCAGACACCGGAACUCAACAUGGCGCUAGUAAAAAAAAGAUUGCUUAGACAGUUUAAAAGAUGCAGGAAUUCCAAAUUGCAGAAAAACGAUGCUGUUGGUUGGGACUAUAAAAAUCAAAUGAAAUGGUAUUUAGAUUAUCCUGAGUGUGGUGGCCAUUCGCAGUCGCCAAUAGAUAUUCCUAAUGGUUUGAUCAAGACAAAAGCGGGUCGGAAAAUGAUAUUUGCUAAUUACAAUAAACAUCCGGAAGCAUUAUAUCUGGAUAAUGAUGGAAAUCGAGUUCGUUUAUUCGGAGAUUGGAGUAGGAAAGACAGACCGAUGAUAUACGGAGGUGGAGCUCACAAUCGACGAUAUGUUUUCCAUUCAAUUACACUUCACUGGCCGUCUGAACACUCAGUGGGUGGUCUUCAAUACCCACUUGAAAGCCAAGUGCUGCAUGUGUCGGCGGAUUAUGAUACAUUUGAUGACGCUAUUAACGUUUCAAAGAAGGAUCGGCUCGCUUUUCUUAGCAUCGUCAAUUUGUAUAUGUACAGAAAUUACACUCACUGCAGCGUUGGAAGCAUAUUGAGUAACGCAAAAAAAGGAAUAAACUCGACCAUUACUUCGCAACCUUUGAGUCAUUUCAAUCCUCCCUUGAAAUAUUAUGCCAGUUAUCACGGCUCUUUGACAGUGCCACCGUGUACAGAGGCUGUACUUUGGCUUAUUAGAGAUCAAACAUUGCCUAUAACAAGGGAAGCAGCGAAAGCGCUUAAGUCUCUACUUAUUGAGGACUUCCAAGGAAGCCUUCGUCGUGAAAUACAACCGCUCAACGAUAGAAGAAUAUAUCUUUUCAAAUGA